UCGUGAUGCUCGCUCAGUUUUCCAGUCACCAUCAUCGAGACCGAACGCGAAAAGGCGUAAUUUCUGCUGGUAUCAGUCGUGAAUUUUACUCUCCUCGUAAAAGCAACUGAUCAAAGUUUAAAGAUUGAAGAAUCCUAUUGCCUGGAGUGAAGCAAACACAACCGAAAUUUCCAUUUGGACGUGAGGAAAGUGUGGUUUCUGGUUUUUGGCCUGGCCAGGGCCCGGAACGUGUCCGCAAAACGGAAAACAUAGUAGGCUCUGGGUUUGCCUGCCAUGGAGAUUUAGCGGAAGCUACAGACAGGAAAAAAGUUCGAAAAAUUGCUAUCCUUAUUUUGUCAUCGACGUCUGCAGAUUUUCGAUAAUCGGAUAUAACUUGGUGAAAAAUCGUGACAAGAAAAAUCAUAUUCGACUUUACUUAUCCACUUGAUUGUGAAUCAAGUAGAAAUAAGGCGAAAAGAGUGAAACAGUCCUUGAAUACCAGGAAAAGUGCGUGAGUGAAAAUGUUUUGGUGGGAUAUCAAUUGUUGAUAUUAUUGCUGAGCAACAGAAAAAAUGAGUUAAAUAUCCGGAAAAACGUGUAAACUGUGAAUAGUAAAUACCUAACCACAGAAAAGUUUUUAGUUACUGAUUGUGUUUUAGAUUACCACGAGUGAAACGACAUAGGAGAAAUUGGAAUACUGCCUUUUGAAGAAAAACGAAUAAUAUCUGAAAUCACAACAAACUGGAGAGGCAGCUUGUCUGCACAAAAAAGUCCCUGCUACAGAGGAGUGUUUUUCUAGCCACGAUGGAUUCCCUGCGAAAAUGGUUGAAUAAGCCGAAGGCUGAUGAUAAGUCACUGUUGGCCAGAUUCUACCACGCAGAUAGAGCGCUAACCGCCGUUGCCAGCGAGUUGGAUAGCUUCGAUGGUCGGGCAGAACCAGUUAGAUGCACUCGGCUAGUUGGACGGUUACGACAAGGACAGGACCGCGUUCUGGCGAUUACCAAUCAAAUUAUGGACGAGCUUCUGGGUGACGAUCGGGCGCCGCGAGCUUUCCGCGCCAAAUUUCCAGAGGAGGUUCUACAGGAAAGUUUGGCUGGACAGUUAUGGUUUGGUGCAGAAUGUCUCGCGGCCGGAUCAUCUAUCAUGAAUCGUGAAGUGGAGAGUGGGGUAAUGCGACCACUAGCAAAAGCCGUUACGAAAAGUUUGGACAAUGUUCGAAACUUGCUGCGAGAGCAAUGCCUUCGGAACAACACACCCAACAGUUUGACACUGCGGUUGGAUAUAAACGAUGCCGCGACGGAACAGUUGUAUGAAAGUUUGAAAAUCUUCGAUCGCUUGUUUGCGGAAUUUGAAUUGCUAUACGUCAGUGCAAUGGUACAAGUCAAAUCGAAGCAGGAGUACGAGAUGCAGGAGCUCAUAUGUGUGCUUUUUUCCGAAACAUUGCAACGGGCUCUUAAAAUUGGACUUCUUGAACAGGAACAGGUGGAUUCGUAUGACCCGGCGUUGAUGUUUUCCAUUCCACGGUUAGCAAUCGUCGCCGGGUUAGUUAUAUUCAAGGACGGACCCCUAAACAUGGAUCAACCAGCAGAUAACAUUUCAGAAAUGUUUCGACCAUUUCGAAAGCUAUUGAUCAAAAUGCGAGAUCUUCUUCGGACGCUGACCAAGCAUGAGCUCUAUCAGUUGGAAAAGCUGUUGUGCACCAACGAGGAAAUUAGUCUGAAGGAAGAAUUAAUCUGUGAUGCAAACGAAAAUGAUAGCAGCGAUGUCUUGCCACAGGAAGACCACGUUGUUAUCGUUACAACCAAUGUUAAUACUAGUAAUAAUAGUGAUAAUAGUGAUAGCCGUGUAGACGAUUCUCCAAACGAUGAACUGCGGCAUGAAUCGGAAACUCGGGACAAUCGGAACAGUAGUUUUUAUAGUAACCGUAUUAUAGAUAGUAAUCGAUUACAUGCGGACGUGGAGGAUGAUGUAUCCGAAAAUGACGACGAUGAUGAUCCUAGUAAUGUAUUGAAAGACAGUCUAGUGACGACAGAUUGUGCAUCAGGAUAUUUGAUUCCAAAUACAAACUUCGGUAACCUACUGCAGACGAAUGAAGCGCCCUUAACCGAUAGUUUUAUCGCAACGGACGAAGAGCUGAAGCUGGGAACCUCUUCAAAUGCUCGGAUAGAACAGAUAUUGUCAGAGACUAACCAGAAACUUGCGGAUUCUGGACUUGGCACUGCCAACCCAAGCGUAGAUAACUCUCCAGAAUUAGAUACGGAACGGCCGAUUACAAGUCGUAGUGCAUGCGAAUCUUCAGAAGAAGGAGAAAUAGACGAAUAUGAUAACGAGGAAGAUGACGAGGAUAGUGAUAACAAUCUAUCGAAUCAACAAUUAAUGGACCCUGGUUCCAGUGCUGGCACAUCACAAUCUGCUGGAAAGCCAUAUCGUACUCACAAACAGCAGCACCAUCACCGACAUCGUCGAUCUAGUGGAAGUAUUAUGUCGGCUACAUCGAGCCGAAAAUAUAACUCAAAACAUCAUAAGGCGAGUGCAUCUGCUUCAGUCAUCGUACCUAGUAAUCAAGGCACCUCAUCUAAGACAUACUCCAACUGUGAUACAUCACCGUCGUCUGGCAAUCAAAGUGAAUGCAGCAGUACUAGUAGCACAACCGGUGAAUCCUCACAGGACGUGGCCAUGGCCAUUAGAGCAGCCGGAAGGAUUAAAUUCAAAACUACUGAAAACCUUCUGCAUAGACUCUUUGUCUGUAUAGCAGGAGUCGCCGAUCAAUUACAAACCAAUUUUGCUGCCGACCUACGCCAAAUGCUAAAAAGUGUGUUCAUUAUAAAUUCAUCACCUCCGGAACCGGAAGAGCCACCAGAGUUAGCACCGACGUCAAGUGAUAAACCAAAGGAACCAGACCCAACGGAUUUGUUUGAAUUUCGUGCUAGCGAACAGGAUGUAAUAACUCCCGGUCAAAACAGUGGAGGGUCGAGUCAAAGCAUUUAUUCAGCAGAGGAAGUAAAUCCAGAAGAUCCGCAUGACUCUGUUUUUGGAUCUCCGGGCACUUCUCCCAUACGAGCUUCUUCUGCUCCGCGCACUAUGAUGACUACUGCAGAGAGUGGAGGUGUGACAGUUAAUGUUUCUGUUUCGGUUGUUACCGGUGGUGGCUCUAGCUCCAGUAGGAAUGUCCAAGAACGAAGUGUUAGUUUAAGUGAAACGUCGAUUGUGGUCGAAAACAAUGGUGGAGCCACAGAUUCCAAUUUACGUGAUAGCCACCGAAGACACAGUGCAAUUGGGUCCAAAGGCGAGUACGGACGAAGUCGAUCUAGUCCGAACAGUCCAGUGAAUGGAACAUCUGCUGAAGAACGCCGCAUGCCGGAGGCACCUCCCCGUUGGAUUCCAGAUGGAGAUGCGCCACGUUGCAUGGCGUGUGCCUCUUCAUUUACACCAUUCAGGAGGCGACAUCACUGUCGGAAUUGUGGUGGGGUUUUCUGUGGCGUAUGCUCGAGCGCCUCUGCACCACUUCCCAAAUACGGAUUGACUAAGGCGGUGCGGGUUUGUCGAGAUUGUUAUGUUCGUGAAGUGGGGACCUAGAGAUUAGCAGCGCUGAAAAAACUCAAUUCUUUUUAGUUAACUAUUGUUGAAUUUUUCACGUGACGAGUUCUUUUCUUACUGUGAGGUAUUUGUUUUUACUAAAAUGUAACAUGUCUGUUUUAUUUGUAUUUUACAAAACAUAAGACGAAGUAAAAUUAUCAAAUCAUGUUUUUACUGAAAUUUACGCAUCUCUUUUCAAAGCUAUCCAAUUUUUUAACUGAAGGAUUUGUAUAAACCAGAGUACCCGAUUCUUUUUAUCAGUGGUAAUCACAAGAAUGCUUUAUUUAAAAAAAGGUGACCGGGAUCAUAUUUCCCAAAGAAAACUCCAAAAAAAAAAAAAUCAUUGCAAAAAUUAAAAAGAAAAUGUACUUCUAUUACAUUGAUUUAACUUAUUCUUUAAAGUUUUCGCUUACAUAUUUUUUGGUUUUAUUUUUUGAUUAUGUAAAAUAUAAGAUGUUCUAAACUUAAAACAAAUAGCUUCUGUUGCAAUUAUAACCGUUUGUGAAGGUGACAAAUGUUAGAUUGUAAGAUUAGCUUUGAUUGUGUUUUUUACGGUCCCUCUACAAAGUCCUGACUGAAAAUUGAAACCCAUCUUGUAUCGUUUGUUCAAAUUUUUCCAAUCAGCUAUGAAUUCAUCGAUCAUUAAUCGUAGAAAAUGUGAAAAAUUCAGGAAACAUUUGUGAAAACCUAUGCAAAACGAAUCUGGUAUGCUUGUAACUUGCUUUACAGUCAAACCUCCAUGAGUCGAUAUCUGAAAGGACCAUCGACUCAUGGAAAUAUCGAGGCGUGGAAACAAAUGCCUUGGAAAACUGUUUGAGGGGAUGGUCAUAGUAACCAUGAAAUUUUGCUUUCAGUAUGGUUCCAUGAGUCGAUAUCGAGUCAUGGAACAUCGAGUCAUGGAGGUUUCACUGUACUACGAACUUCGUAAGAAUUGCAUAAUUAAUGUGUUCACUUGAAUAUUUCCAGUUUACAUUAUGACCAUCACAACUAUUCGAAUACAUUUGACAAUACAAUUAAACCUCCAUGAGUCGAUGUUCCAAGACUGGAGAUCGGCUCAUGGAACCAUACUAGAAGCGAAAUAUCAUGGUCCCUCGAAACAACUUUCCAAACGAUUCCUGUUCCAUGAAUCGAUAUUUCCAUGAAUAGAUGGUCCCUUCAAUAUCUACUCAUGAAGGUUUGAUUAUAGUAUCUAAUACGUAUAUACACUUGCAAAAGUUUGAGUACUAAUUCUAAUUUUCGAAGCAUAUCAUGUUUUAAUGUCUAAUGCCUUAAUUCAAACUAAAUUUUGAUUAACAAUUUGUCGAAAUAUUCCUGGAUCUAUCCGUAAACUGUUAAGGGUUGGUAUAAUAAUAUGUUUUUCUAGAAUGUACCACUUACUAAAGAUAAUGGCUUACAAGGUUACAAUCAAAUUCCUUCCAUAUUUUUGAAGUUUUUCAUCAAAUACAAAAAAAAAACCUCAUAUGUAGAAACUCGCAUUGCAAUUCAAGUGUUCAAUAUAUGAAAUACCCGCUUACAGUAUAUGUCAUUCCUUUGGCAAUCGGUAUCAGAAAUGUUUUUAAUAAAGUUGUUUGGUCACCGUGCAAUUUCAUUUUUAGUUUUAUAGUAUCAUGUUCCAUACAUCAUCCAAACCAUGUAACCCUGAUUCUUGAUCUAAACACAAUAAACUUGAUUCAAUACAUUCCUUCUCUAAAUAUUACAAAUCAUGUUAGUUAAUCUGAAAGACUUAUGUACAGUUACAGUGGUUUGCGACCAUGGUAAAAUUCAGUAUAAAUCAUAAAUUCAUUGACCUAAAUCCGUUCUGGAAGUAAGGAUAGAAAAUUAGCUUCAAUUCAUUUUAUUCUGUUAAAUAGCCGAAGGUUUAUGUUGGAAAGAGUUAUCUGAAUUAUAGUUGAAAAAGGAUCAUCUAUUGUGCAACAUAACACGCGUUAAUUGAGCACAUUUUUUGGCAAAAAGUAAUGGAAAUCUAACAAAUAUAACCUUAUUUUUAUCUAAUCUAAAAUGAUAAUGUGAAUGCAUAAAAAUGCUGAAAACUAAAAAUUAGAGUGAUAUCUUUUUUACGAAGAAAGAAAAUGUUUUGUGUAUACUUCGAAUACAAGUUAGUUCAAUAAUUUUGUAUAUAUGAUGAAAACAAGAAAAAAAGAAAAGUGGUUGAAUUUUCUUAAACUUAGAAAAAUGUCAAAAGAAAAAAAAUCUUGUACCAUCAACUGUAGGUAUAUCUCAAACAUGUAAAGGAAACGCAUGUCAAAUAAGUCAACGCCUGAAAUCUGUAAGAGAAGAGGGUGAGUCAUAAACUAAGAUAUAUUGUGAUUAUGCAAGCAUUAAAGAAAUGAAUCGUAAAUGCAAAAGUACGAAAGAAUUGCUAGAGCAGUUUAAUAAAAAAAAGCUGAAUAUUUCAUCAACAAAA